UCCCACCUUUCCGAGCUCCUCCCACUCACUGCCCUAGAAGAGUAGAGCGUGGCGUCGAUCUCGGCAUCGAAAUCGGAGGCUGAAGCGGCGAAAGCAGAGGAAUUUCGAAUUGGAAUCUCGGAGAAAGAGGGGCAUCGGGAGAGAAGAUGAACAAGGACAAGAUAUUCAAAUUAGCGAAGGGUUUUCGUGGUAGGGCAAAGAACUGCAUCAGAAUAGCAAGGGAGAGGGUGGAGAAGGCGUUGCAAUACUCUUAUAGGGAUCGGCGGAACAAGAAGAGGGACAUGCGAUCGCUCUGGAUUGAGCGUAUCAAUGCCGGCACUCGCCUACAUGGGGUGAAUUAUGGUAAUUUCAUGCAUGGAUUGAUGAGGGAGAAUAUUCAGCUGAAUAGGAAAGUGCUGUCUGAACUCUCCAUGCAUGAGCCUUACAGUUUCAAAGCUCUGGUAGACAUCUCUCGCCAAUCUUUUCCUGGCAACAAGGUUCCUCCCAAGAAGGAAGGCCUGUCUAUUCUUCUGUAAAACUUGCUUUUUAAAAUUUUCAUUUUUUUUUUAUUUUUAUUUUUAAAGUAAUAAGCUUUUCAUACUUAGCUUGACCUUUUAUUAAUGGGACUUCUUGUUAAAAGUUGUUGAUUACAUUUCUGAGCACUUCUAAGGCUA